GGAAACUUUACCACACACACAAAAAACCUCUUCCUGAUUUCUUUCCCCAAAAGUCUCUUAUCCUCAGAGAGACAGACAGAGAAAGAAAGUUUUUGGCUGAAAAGAAACAUGUCAGACACGAAAAUAACCUUCCUGCUAUUUUAGAUUCAUGGCAGAUGGUAGAUACCCACCCGUGUGCUGCCCUUUUCUCUCAAACGCUUGCUAUAUAUGCACAUAUACAGAUAAAUAGCCAUCUCCUUUACUGUAAAUUUUCAUGGCGGUUUUCGGGUAUCUCUGUUUUCCUCUUGUUGUCUGUACCGUCGUUUUCUUUUUUCUGAUCCGGGCCUCUCGGCGCCGGAGGCUGAGGCUGCCACCUGGCAACCUCGGGCUGCCUUUCAUCGGAGAGACUCUGCAACUCAUUUCCGCAUACAAGUCUGAGAAUCCUGAACCCUUCAUCGACGAGAGGGUGAACCGGUUCGGACCCAUAUUCACGACCCAUGUUUUCGGCGAACCGACGGUGUUCUCUGCCGACCCGGAGACGAACCGGUUCAUUUUGCAGAAUGAAGGGAAGCUGUUCGAGUGUAGCUACCCGGCGUCGUUAUCGAACCUGCUGGGGAGGCACUCUCUGCUGCUGAUGAAGGGAAAUCUUCAUAAGCGAAUGCAUUCCCUCACCAUGAGCUUCGCCAACUCCUCCAUCAUUAAGGACCAUCUUUUGGUUGAUAUAGACCGCUUGAUCCGGCUCAAUUUGGACUCCUGGACCGGCCGGGUCUUACUCAUGGAGGAGGCCAAGAAGAUAACAUUUGAAUUAACAGUAAAGCAGCUGAUGAGCUUUGAUCCAUGUGAAUGGACGGAGAGUCUAAGGAAGGAGUACGUGCUAGUGAUUGAAGGCUUCUUCACCGUCGCUUUGCCUAUCUUCUCCGCCACCUACCGCCGAGCUAUCAAAGCAAGAACUAAGGUGGCAGAGGCAUUGACCCUGAUAGUGAGGCAAAGAAGGAAAGAGAGUGAAGCAGGAGAGAGAAAGAAGGACAUGUUAGGAGCCCUCUUGGCCGGAGACGACGGUUUCUCCGAUGAGCAGAUUGUUGACUUCUUACUGGCUCUGCUUGUCGCCGGCUAUGAGACUACCUCCACCAUUAUGACUCUUGCCGUUAAGUUCCUCACCGAGACUCCUCUUGCUCUAGCUCAGAUCAAGGAAGAACACGACCAAAUUAGGGCAAAGAAGAGUGAGAUGGAGCCUCUUGAAUGGACUGAUUAUAAGUCCAUGCCAUUCUCUCAAUGUGUUGUUAAUGAAACUCUGCGAGUGGCAAACAUAAUCGGUGGGAUAUUCAGGCGAUCGAUGACCGACAUCAAUAUAAAGGGUUACACAAUUCCUAAAGGAUGGAAGGUUUUUGCAUCAUUUCGGGCUGUACAUUUGGACCGCGACCACUUCAAAGACGCUCGCUCUUUUAAUCCAUGGAGAUGGCAGGACAACUCGGGAGCAACAAGUCCUGGGAAUGUGUUCACCCCAUUUGGAGGAGGGCCGCGGUUGUGCCCUGGUUAUGAGCUUGCUAGAGUAGAGCUCUCCGUCUUCCUCCACCACCUCGUCACCCGUUUGAGUUGGGUUCCUGCUGAAGAAGAUAAGCUGGUUUUCUUCCCCACAACCCGGACACAGAAGCGGUACCCGAUCAAUGUGCAACGUCGAAAUGUGUCUAAGCUGUAUAAAGACUAAGACCCAGAGAAGCAAGAGAGUCAAUAUGUACAAGAUCUGUAAUCCCGUUGACGCCAGCACUAAUAAAAUCAAAUUAUUAGCUUACUAGCA